AUGAGGAACUGCUCUAAGGAGAGUGCAGUGAAGGAGCAAGUGACGGCCGAUGAUGUUAAUUUGAAUUUAUUCAAACCAAAAAAUUUUGAAAGUGCAGCGCUCUCGAAAUCAUCGGCUAAAUUAACAUGGGAUGAGACCGAUCCGGAACGCAUUUACUCGCUCCGUGUUCCUGAUGAAGAGGAGGAUCAGCGUGAGAAAACUGUGUCAUUACUGAAGAAGAGCAGCACGGAAGAAACUUCAGCAACAGCGGAAACUUCUGUGGAAGUGACGUGGGAUGCAACACCGAUAGAUGACGAUUUGGGCGAAAUGAAAAAGAAAAGAAACGAAAACGAAGCAACUGCCUGGGAGAAAUAUCUUGAGAAAAGGAAAGCGAAACGCAAGGUACAUUGCUGCUUCUAG